AAGGGCGCGGAUAGGUACGGUUAGACAGGACAUCCCUUGUCUAUCCAGAAAGGAUGGAGAACGCACACACAAAGGGCCCGGCAGAAUGCCUGGCUUACUUCGGAGUGAAUGAGACUACCGGUCUCACUCCUGACCAGUUCAAGAAGAACCUGGACAAGUAUGGCUUCAAUGAGCUGCCCGCUGAGGAGGGUAAGAGCAUCUGGGAGCUGAUCAUUGAGCAGUUUGAGGACUUGCUUGUCAGGAUCCUGCUGCUGGCUGCCUGCAUCUCUUUUGUGCUGGCCUGGUUCGAGGAAGGUGAGGAGACCAUCACCGCCUUUGUGGAACCGCUCGUCAUCCUUCUUAUCCUCAUCGCCAACGCUAUUGUUGGAGUGUGGCAGGAGCGUAACGCUGAAGAUGCCAUCGAGGCUCUCAAGGAGUACGAGCCUGAGAUGGGCAAAGUUUACCGUUCUGACAGAAAGAGUGUGCAGAUGAUCAAGGCCAGAGAAAUUGUCCCUGGAGACAUUGUGGAGGUGUCCGUUGGUGACAAAGUCCCCGCUGACAUCAGGAUUGUUUCCAUCAAGUCCACCACCCUGCGUGUGGACCAGUCCAUCCUUACUGGUGAGUCUGUCAGUGUGAUCAAGCACACUGAAGCUGUUCCAGACCCCAGGGCUGUCAACCAGGACAAGAAGAACAUGCUUUUCUCUGGCACCAACAUCGCUGCUGGAAAGGCCAUCGGUGUGGCUGUGGCCACCGGAGUCGCCACUGAGAUUGGCAAGAUCCGUGACCAGAUGGCUGCUACCGAGCAGGAGAAGACUCCUCUGCAGGCAAAGCUGGACGAGUUUGGCGAGCAGCUGUCCAAGGUUAUCACCCUGAUCUGUAUUGCUGUCUGGGCCAUCAACAUUGGCCACUUUAACGACCCCGUCCACGGUGGCUCAUGGCUCCGUGGUGCCGUCUACUACUUCAAGAUCGCCGUUGCUCUGGCUGUGGCUGCCAUCCCUGAGGGUCUGCCCGCUGUCAUCACCACUUGCCUGGCCCUCGGUACCCGCCGUAUGGCCAAGAAGAACGCCAUUGUCAGAAGCCUGCCCUCUGUGGAGACCCUGGGCUGCACCUCUGUCAUCUGCUCCGACAAGACUGGCACCCUCACCACCAACCAGAUGUGUGUGACCAAGAUGUUCAUUGUCAAGAGUGUCGAUGGCGACCAUGUUGAUCUUGAUGCUUUUGAUAUCUCCGGCUCCAAGUACACCCCAGAGGGCGAGGUUUCCCAGGGAGGUGCCAAGACCAACUGCAGCGCAUACGACGGCCUUGUUGAGCUGGCUACCAUCUGCGCCCUGUGCAACGACUCCUCUCUGGACUACAACGAGACCAAGAAGAUCUAUGAGAAGGUUGGUGAGGCUACUGAGACCGCCCUGUCCUGCCUGGUUGAGAAGAUGAACGUGUUCAACACCAACGUGAGGAGCCUGACCAAGAUUGAGAGAGCCAACGCUUGCUGCUCAGUGAUCAAACAGCUCAUGAAGAAGAACGUCACUCUGGAGUUCUCCCGUGACAGGAAGUCCAUGUCCGUGUACUGCACUCCCGCGAAGGGUGAUGGUGGUGCCAAGAUGUUUGUGAAGGCUAGUUUCUUUCUUUCUUCUCCUUCUCGCAGCCUUUGGUCAGACACGGGUGCCCCUGAGGGAGUGAUUGACAGGUGCGCAUAUGUGCGUGUUGGCACCACCCGCGUGCCCCUGACCAACGCCAUCAAGGAUAAGAUCAUGGCUGUUAUCAGGGACUGGGGUACCGGCCGCGACACCCUGCGUUGCCUGGCACUGGCCACUCGUGACACCCCACUGAAGAUGGACGAGAUGAACCUCGAGGACUCAACCAAGUUUAUCGAUUAUGAGACUGACCUGACCUUUGUUGGCUGCGUGGGUAUGUUGGAUCCCCCUCGUAAGGAAGUCACUGGCUCAAUUCAGCUGUGCAGAGAUGCUGGAAUCCGUGUCAUUAUGAUCACUGGUGACAACAAGGGAACCGCUAUUGCUAUCUGCCGUCGCAUUGGCAUCUUCAGUGAGGAUGAGGAUGUAACUGGCAAGGCCUACACUGGACGUGAGUUUGAUGAUCUGCCCCUCCAUGAACAGGCCGAGGCCGUGCGCAGGGCUUGCUGCUUUGCCCGUGUGGAACCAUCCCACAAGUCCAAGAUUGUUGAGUUCCUGCAGGGCUUUGAUGACAUUACUGCUAUGACUGGUGAUGGUGUGAACGAUGCCCCUGCCCUGAAGAAGGCCGAGAUCGGCAUCGCCAUGGGCUCUGGCACUGCCGUUGCCAAGUCUGCCUCUGAGAUGGUCCUGGCUGACGACAACUUCUCUUCCAUUGUGGCUGCUGUUGAGGAGGGCAGAGCUAUCUACAACAACAUGAAGCAGUUCAUCCGCUACCUCAUCUCCUCCAAUGUUGGUGAGGUCGUCUGUAUCUUCCUGACUGCUGCUCUGGGCCUGCCCGAGGCUCUGAUCCCCGUCCAGCUGCUGUGGGUCAACCUUGUCACUGAUGGUCUGCCCGCCACUGCUCUGGGGUUCAAUCCCCCUGAUCUGGACAUCAUGGGCAAGCCCCCACGUUCCCCCAAAGAGCCCCUGAUUUCUGGCUGGUUGUUCUUCAGAUACAUGGCUAUUGGUGGAUACGUCGGUGCCGCCACUGUUGGUGGUGCUGCCUGGUGGUUCCUCUAUGAUCCAACCGGCCCCGGUGUCUCCUACUUCCAGCUGUCCCACUUCAUGCAGUGCCAUGAAGACAACGAAGACUUCACCGGCAUUGACUGCGAGAUCUUUGAGGCUUGCACUCCCAUGACCAUGGCCCUGUCUGUGCUGGUCACCAUUGAGAUGUGCAACGCUCUCAACAGCUUGUCUGAGAACCAGUCUCUGGUGCGCAUGCCCCCAUGGAGCAACUUCUGGCUGCUUGCCGCAAUGACCCUCUCCAUGUCCCUGCACUUCUUGAUCAUCUAUGUUGACCCUAUGCCCAUGAUCUUCAAGUUGAACCACCUUACCAUUGACCAGUGGAUUGUAGUCUUGAAGCUUUCCUUCCCUGUCAUCGCCAUUGAUGAGGUUCUGAAGUUCAUCGCCCGUAACUACGUUGAGAGUAAGUAA